GAUAAUGUAUUUUUUUUAUCAACCGGAAGUGAAUACAAAGGCAAAAGCGCGUGGACCGUAUUCGGUACAAAAUUUUUCCAAGUCCUUGGUUAUAUUAUAUAAGCCGACUUCUCUAAGUCCCUUGUAAGUUUGCUGGACAGUAAUCUUCAACCAUGUCCCUUCAGCCUAGCCAUACUAUCUACAUUAACAAUCUGAAUGAAAAGAUCAAGAAAGAUGAGCUGAAGAAAUCCCUGUAUGCCAUUUUUUCACAGUUUGGUCAGAUUCUGGAUAUUGUCGCCCUCAAGACACUCAAAAUGCGUGGGCAGGCCUUUGUCAUCUUCAAGGAAAUAAAUUCAGCUGCAAAUGCACUGCGGUCUAUGCAGGGUUUUCCAUUUUAUGAUAAACCCAUGAGAAUCCAGUUUUCCAAGAAAGACUCAGACAUCAUUGCCAAAAUGAAGGGCACUUAUGUAGAAGGAGAGCGACGAAAGCGUGAUCACGAUGAGGAAGGAGCUCGCAAGAAGAAGAAAAAGACAGCUGCUGGUGGUCCAAACGUGGUGCCACCUGCAGUCCAGCCACUGAUGCCUGGUGUUGUUCAGCCCCCUGCAGUGCGAGGUCCACCACCAGUCGUCCCUGUACCAGCACCAACCAUGACUUCUGCUGGUGCUGUUCCUGCUGUGCCUGCUCCAGCUAUCCCAGAACAGCCUCCCAACCAGAUUCUUUUCAUCACCAACCUCCCUGAGGAGACCAAUGAACUCAUGUUGUCCAUGCUUUUUAACCAGUUCCCAGGAUUCAAGGAGGUCCGUUUGGUUCCAGGUCGUCAUGACAUUGCCUUUGUUGAGUUUGAAACAGAUAUGCAGGCAGGUGCUGCUAAAGAUGCUCUACAAGGAUUCAAGAUCACACCAUCAAAUGCUAUGAAAAUUACCUUUGCCAAGAAAUAAUCUCACUGUAAUGAUUAUGGUUUUGUUAGUGCUCCAUUUUUGUUUUCAUCUUUCUUGCUCACCUAUGGGUGAUAAGUAAUGCCAGUUUAGGGUGAAUGAGUGUGUAAACAGUUCAGAACAUGAUUUGGUUGAAUGAUCAUUUGUUUAUAUAUGAACUGGAAUGGCACAGAGGCUGAAAAGGCAUAACAUUGCACCAAUGCCAGCAGUGGCAAACAUCCUGGUAAGAGUUGUUUGUCCCUGGCCUUGCACUGAGGUUGGCCCUCUUCAGCAUUGCACUCGUGCCAGUUUCAUAACUUAAAUGUGGAGAAAUGGAAUUUUAUAAAUAAACUUAUUUUGAAUUUGUUA